UUUGCCUUGCAACAAGAUCUAAUUAACUAACCCCAUUGCAUCAGACACCACACGCGAAAAUGGCCAUGUCGCCCAACUCCUUCACCACCUCCUCAUGGCAAUCACACCAAGAUGCUUCGAUUUGCACCGACCAAGAAGUAGACUACGACCAUGCUUACUACUUCGGCACUGAGGAUGUAACGGUGGACACCGACGAACUGGAGCUCGGCCCCCGAGCUCACAAGGCCACCAGGGUCGACUACCUCAGCUCGCCGUACGACGCCUCGUGGCCACCGGCACAGGCCGACCUCGAGUCGUCGCGCGUCCGCAAGACGAAGCAGUUCCGGGACGUUCUUGAGACCUGCAAGCAGAAGGUGGAGGCCAUGGAGGCCAUGGAGCAGUCAUCGCCGGCCGGCAGUGGCGGGUUCGAAGAACAAGGUGAGGCUGUGGUCGCUGUCGACGACGUCCGGGGCGGUGGUGAUGGCAGCGCAGCUGAUGGCAUGCGGCUCGUGCAGCUGCUGGUCGCCUGCGCCGAGGCCGUGGCGUGCCGCGACCGCGCGCAGGCGGCCGCGCUGCUGCGGGAGCUGCAGGUCGGCGCGCCCGUGCACGGCACGGCGUUCCAGCGCGUCGCGUCGUGCUUCGUGCAGGGCCUGGCGGACCGGCUGGCCCUGGCGCACCCGCCGGCACUGGGCCCGGCGAGCAUGGCGUUCUGCGUCCCGCGGUCGUCGUGCCUCGACGGGGCGCGCGGCGAGGCGCUCGCCGUGGCGUACGACAUGUGCCCGUACCUGCGCUUCGCGCACUUCGUGGCGAACACGUCCAUCCUGGAAGCCUUCGAGGGAGAGACCAACGUCCACGUGGUGGACCUCGGCAUGACGAUGGGCCUGAACCGCGGCCACCAGUGGCGCGCCCUGCUCGACGGCCUAGCCAAGCGGGCCUGUGGCAAGCCGGCGCGCGUGCGCAUCACCGGUGUCGGCGCCCGCGUGGACACCAUGAGGGCCGUCGGGCGCGAGCUCGAGGCGUACGCGGACGAGCUCGGGAUUACCCUCGAGUUCAUGGCCGUUGACCGCACCCUGGAGAGCCUCCAAGUCGACGACCUCGGCAUCGACGCCGACGAGGCCGUGGCCAUCAACAGCGUCCUGGAGCUCCACUGCGUGGUGAAGGAGAGCCGCGGAGCCCUCAACUCCGUCCUGCAGACCAUCCGCAAGCUCUCGCCGAAGGCGUUCGUGCUCGUGGAGCAGGACGCCGGCCACAACGGGCCGUUCUUCCUGGGAAGGUUCAUGGAGGCGCUCCAUUACUACGCGGCCUUGUUCGACGCGCUGGACGCGGCGCUCCCGCGCUACGACGCCCGGCGCGCGCGCGUGGAGCAGUUCCACUUCGGUGCCGAGAUCCGCAACGUGGUCGGGUGCGAGGGCGCGGCGCGCGUGGAGCGGCACGAGCGCGCGGACCAGUGGCGGCGCCGCAUGAGCCGCGCGGGCUUCCAGUCCAUGCCGUUCAAGAUGGCGGCCAAGGCGCGGGAGUGGCUGGAGGAGAACGCCGGCGGCAGCGGGUACACGGUGGCCGAGGAGAAGGGGUGCCUCGUGCUUGGAUGGAAGGGCAAGCCGGUCAUCGCCGCGUCGUGCUGGAAAUGCUAGACGCUGAUCGCAGAUGCUCGCCGCCCGGCCGCUUUCGGAGCACUUCACGAUGUUCGCAGUAUCCAUGAGGACGUUUAUACGUGUACAUGUGGCGCCGCGCGUGCCGCAGUGUACGUGGUGGCGGGCGCCGCGCGGGACGCCAUGCGGAGCGUCUAUUCCGGGCUCUCCAGCUCGAAUACGAGCUCGGCGCUUCUCUAUCCGGAUUAUGGUCGAGGUGCGGGCGGCGCCGGUGGACCCCGACGACAUCAACGGUACGGUGGACGAUGGCCACUUGGAGCCCUGGACUACUUCUUGGCCAUGCUCUGCAUGGGAAACUUCGGCGCGUACCGACCUGAUCGUCGCCGCGUGGUGGCACAACAGCAAGCAAGAAGACCACAUUUCAUAGGUCCAAAAAAUUAUGAAAACUACCCCCUCCGUUUUUAAUUAUAUGUUUUUUAGACAUUUCAAUAGAAGACUUCGUACGGAGCAAAAUGACUGAUUUUAUUUAAAAUAUAUCUAUAUACAUUCAUAUGUAA